GAAAAAGAGAAAACAUAGGCAGAGAAAUUAAAGAGAAACGAAAAGACUCAAGCUCCCACUCUCUCUACUUUCUCUCUCAUCCUCUGCUCUUCUUCUCCAUUCACAUAGCUUCAACUUUGCUGUUUUGUGGCAAGAGGAUAAAGUUUCAAGUAUUUUGCAUCUCCUUGCAUGUCAGAGCUAAUUUAUUAAGGGAAAGCAAAGUUGUAAUGAGCUUGAAUUCUGGUGAUGGGAAGGUAAUUGAUUUUGUUAAUUUGGGAUUAUGAGCUGGUGGAGAAGACAUGGUAUUGAAUAGCUAGAAGGAGGGAGCUCUCUGGCACUUGCAUUGUUCGGCUAGAUGUCAAAGUCUCCCUCCUUUCAUGUGCGAGAGGAAUCCUCCUCUACUUCCCCAACCAGGGGAUCAAAGGGGAUACCAGAAAUGGAUGACCCGGAAAAUAUAGUGGCUACAGUUGCUCGCUUUAUUGAAAAGCUCCAUGCUAGACAUUCUUCACCACAUGAGAAAGAACUUAUCACAGCACGUUUGCUUAGUCUGGCCAAAGCUAAAAAAGAGGCUAGGGCAGUCAUCGGUUCUCAUGUCCAGGCAAUGCCAUUGUUUAUAUCCAUACUCAGGAGCGGCACGCUUGGGGCAAAAGUCAAUGUUGCUGGAAGUCUUAGCGUACUCUGCAAAGAUGAUGACUUACGACUAAAGGUCCUUCUUGGUGGUUGCAUCCCGCCUCUACUCACACUUUUGAAGUCUGAAUUGAUUGAUGCAAGGAAGGCAGCAGCUGAGGCAAUAUAUGAAGUUUCAUCUGGUGGGCUUUCAGAUGACCAUGUUGGUUUGAAGAUAUUCGUUACAGAAGGUGUAGUGCCAACCUUAUGGGAUCAGCUCAAUCCACGGAAAAAUCAGGACAAAGUGGUGGAGGGAUUUGUCACGGGGUCCUUGAGAAACCUUUGUGGCGACAAAGAUGAUUAUUGGAGAGCUACACUUGAGGCUGGAGGAGUAGAUAUCAUUGUGAGUCUUCUGUCGUCAGAUAAUGCAGCUGCCCAGUCAAAUGCAGCUUCUCUCUUGGCGCGGUUGAUGCUGGCUUUUAGCGAUAGUAUACCUAAAGUGAUUGAUUCUGGAGCAAUCAAAGCUUUGCUUCAGCUUGUGGGCCAAAACAAUGAUAUUUCUAUCCGUGCUAGUGCUGCUGAGGCUUUGGAGGUUCUAUCUUCAAAGUCAGUAAAGGCUAAGAAAGCAGUUGUAGAUGCAAAUGGUAUUCAUGUGCUCAUUGGGGCUGUGGUGGCUCCUUCUAAAGAAUGCAUGCAAGGAGAGUUUGCCCAGGCGCUACAGGGUCAUUCAACACGAGCUUUAGCAAACAUUUGUGGUGGUAUGUCUGCUUUGAUACUGUAUCUUGGAGAACUAGCACAGUCCCCUCGCCUGUCUGAACCAAUUGCUGAUAUAAUUGGAACACUUGCCUAUGCUUUGAUGGUCUUUGAACAGGAGUCUGGUGCUGAUGAGGAAUCAUUUGAUGCAACAAUAAUAGAGGACAUAUUGGUAUUGCUUUUGAAGCCCCGUGAUACUAAACUGAUUCAGGAGCGUAUUCUUGAGGCAAUGGCUAGCCUGUAUGGAAAUGUCCACUUGUCAAGAUCACUUAAUCAUGCCGAAGCAAAGAAGGCUCUUAUUGGACUUACAACAAUGGCUGUUGGGGAAGUACAUGAGUCUUCAAUAAUUUAUUUAACCACUUUAUGCCGUCCUGGAAUAGGCAUCUGGGAGGCCAUUAAAAUGAGAGAAGGAAUUCAGUUGCUCAUAUCAUUAUUGGGUUUGUCCAGCGAGCAGCAUCAAGAGUAUGCUGUUUGGCUGCUAGCAAUUUUGACUGACCAAGUUGAUGACAGCAAGUGGGCUAUCACUGCUGCUGGUGGAAUUCCUCCAUUGGUACAAUUGUUAGAGACAGGAUCUCAGAAGGCAAGGGAGGAUGCAGCACAUGUUCUCUGGAACUUGUGUUGUCAUAGUGAAGAUAUCCGGGUCUGUGUUGAAACUGCUGGAGCAGUCCCAGCAUUCUUAUGGCUCCUUAAAAGUGGUGGAUUAGAAGGUCAAGAAGCCUCCGCUAAGGCACUCAAAAAGCUUGUCCUAACAGCUGAUGCUGCUACUAUCAAUCAGCUGUUAGCUCUGCUUCUUGGAGACUCCUCUGGCUCAAAGGCCCACAUUAUAAGAGUUCUAGGUCAUGUACUUACAAUGGCACCACUCAAGGAUAUUGUUCAUAGGGGAUCUGCUGCUAAUAAAGCAUUGAAAUCUCUUAUCCAGGUUCUCAAUUCUUCUAAUGAGGAAACUCAAGAGUAUGCAGCUUCUGUUCUUGCUGAUAUAUUCAGCACAAGACAGGAUAUUUGUGAUAGUCUUGCAACUGAUGAGAUUCUAAAUCCUUGCAUGAAGCUUUUGACAGGUAAUAAUACUCAAGUUGUUGCAACGCAAUUGGCUCGUGCAUUGAGCGCCUUGUCUCGUCCGACCAAGACUAAAGCUACCAGCAAAAUGCCUUAUAUUGCAGAAGGGGAUGUCAAACCUCUAAUAAGGUUGGCUAAGACUUCUUCCAUUGAUGCUGCUGAAACUGCAGUUGCUGCACUGGCUAAUCUUCUCUCUAAUCCCCAGAUUGCCGCUGAAGCUCUAGCUGAAGAUGUUGUUGCAGCAUUGACAAGAGUCCUUGGGGAAGGAACUUCAGAAGGCAAGAUGAAUGCAUCACGGGCUCUUCGUCAUCUACUGAAGCAUUUCCCAGUGCCUGAUGUGCUCAAGGGAGACGCUCAGUGUCGUUUUACUAUUCUUGCAAUUCUUGAUUCCUUGAAUGCAAUGGACUUGAAUGGCACUGAUACUGCCGAUGUUUUAGAAGUAGUUGCACUCUUGGUCAGGACAAAACAGGGCGUGAAUGUGGCUUCCCAUCCUUGGACUGCCCUCACUGAAGUACCCUCUAGCUUAGAGUCUUUGGUUUACUGCCUGGCCGAUGGGGCCCCUUUGCUGCAAGACAAGGCAAUAGAAAUUCUAUCUCGGCUUUGUGGGGAACAGCCAGUAGUGCUAGGUGAUCUGUUGAUUGCAAGAUCAAGAUCGAUUGGCUCUCUUGCUAAUAGAAUAAUGAGCUCCUCCAGUUUAGAAGUGAGAGUUGGAGGAACUGCAUUGUUCAUAUGUGCCGCAAAAGAACACAAAAAGAUGGCAAUGGAUGCCCUUGAUUUGUCAGGAUACUCGAAGCCCCUCAUACAUGCGUUAGUGGAUAUGAUGAAGCAUAAUUCUACCUGUUCAUCUUUAGAAGUUGAAGUCAGAACUCCAAGAGGUUUCUUUGAAAGAUCAGCCUUCCAGGAAGGUGAUGAGUUCAAUGUUCUUGAUCCAGCCACUAUUUUAGGAAGUACUGUUGUGCUGUGGUCACUGUCAAUGAUUUCUUCAUUUCAUGAUAAGAACAAGCUUAUUGUUAUAGAAGCUGGUGGACUUGAAGCUCUAUCGAACAAACUUUCAAGUUAUACUUCUAAUCCUCAGGCAGAAUAUGAGGAUACAGAAGGUAUAUGGAUCAGUGCCUUGCUCCUGGCUAUCUUAUUCCAAGAUGCAACAGUUGUGCAGUCUCCAACAACAAUGAGGAUCAUACCUUCACUUGCUCAUUUGCUAAGAUCUGAUGAAAUGCUUGAUAGACAUUUUGCUGCUCAAGCAGUGGCUAGUCUUGUUUGCAGUGGAAACAAGGGAAUAAUUCUCGCAAUUGCAAAUUCAGGUGCUGUUGCUGGGUUGAUAACACUAAUUGGUUACAAAGAUUCAGAUAUGCCAAACCUUGCUACAUUAUCAGAAGAGUUUUCUCUGUUGCAAAAACCUGGUCAAAUUAUUCUCCAACACCUUUUCGAAAUUGAAGAUGUAAGAUUUGGCUCUACUGCUUCCAAAUCUAUUCCUUUACUGGUGGAUCUCUUGAGACCAAUCCCAGAUAGACCAAGUGCCCCUCCAAUUGCUGUCGAACUCUUAACUUGCAUUGCUAAUGGUAGUGAUGCAAAUAAAUUAAUCAUGGCAGAAGCUGGAGCUCUGGAUGCUUUAACAAGAUACUUGUCUUUGAGUCCUAAGGAUUCUACAGAGGCAUCUAUUGUUGAGCUGUUUAUAAUCCUAUUCAGGAAUCCUGAAAUCAUUAAAUAUGAAGCUUGCCUUAGUUCCUUGAAUCAACUCAUAGCAGUUCUUCAUCUGGGGUCAAGAGAUGCUAGAUUAAGUUCUGCAAGGGCUCUUCAUGAACUUUUUGAGUCUGAGAAUGUCAGAGACUCUGAGUUAGCAUGGCAGGCUGUUCCACCGUUGAUUGACAUGCUUAAUGCUGCAUCAGAGACUGAGCAAGAGGCUGCUCUUGUGGCCUUGAUGAAGCUGACUUUUGAAAAUACUUCAAAAGCAGUCCUAUUCACUGAUUUGGAAGGUGAUCCACUUGAAACAUUGUACAAAAUAUUAUCUUCUUCAUCUUCCUUGGAAUUGAAGAGAUAUGCUGCACAGUUUUGCUUUAUGUUGUUUAGUAAUGCAAAAUUUAGAGCAAAUCCAAUUGCCUUAGAGUGCAUGCAGCCUCUUGUAUCCCUUAUGCAGUCUAAUACGAGUUCGGUUGUGGAGGCUGGUGUUUGUGCUUUUGAGCGAUUAUUGGAUGAUGAACAGCUGGCGGAGCUUGCAGCAAGUUAUGAUAGUCUCGUGCAUCUUCUUGUUGGCUUGGUUUCUGGGACAAAUUAUCGACUUAUUGAGGGUAGCAUCAGUGCUCUAAUAAAGUUGGGAAAAGACAAGGCCCUGCGGAAAUUAGAUAUGGUCAAUGCAGGUAUUAUAUAUAAAUGUCUUGUACUACUCCCUAUUGCCCCUAGUUCAUUAUGCUCUGCAAUUGCAGAAUUGUUCCGCAUUUUGACAAAUAGUGGCGCAAUCGCCAAAAGUUCAGAUGCUGCAAACAUAGUAGAACCCCUCUUUAUGCUUUUGCUUCGCCAAGAUUUUGGUUUGUGGGGACAGCAUAGUGCACUACAGGCACUUGUAAAUAUUUUGGAGAAGCCACAAAGCCUCGUUACAUUGAAACUUACUCCCAGCCAGGUCAUUGAGCCUAUGAUCGCAUUUAUGGAAUCUCCAUCUCAAGCUAUUCAGCAACUUGGCACAGAGUUGCUAUCUCAUCUUCUUGCCCAAGAACAUUUUCAGCAAGAUAUCACAACAACAAAUGCAGUCGUGCCACUUGUGCGGCUGGCAGGAAUUGGAAUAUUGAACCUUCAACAAACAGCAAUAAAGGCACUGGAACAGAUUUCCAUAAGCUGGCCAAAGGUGGUUGCUGAUGUUGGAGGUAUUUUUGAGCUUGCAAAAGUUAUCAUUCAAGAUGCUCCUCAGCCGCCUCCUGAAUUAUGGGAAAAUGCUGCUCUGGUUUUAUCUAAUGUCAUGCGUUCUAAUCCGGAGUACUACUUCAAGGUUCCUCUGUUGGUCCUAGUGAAAAUGUUGCUCUCAACACAUGAUAACACUAUUAAAGUGGCUCUUAAUGCUUUAAUUGUUCAUGAAAAGACUGACGCUUCAAGUGCAGAGCAAAUGGCUGAAGCUGGUGCUGUGGAUGCUUUAUUGGAUUUGCUUAGAUGUCAUCAAUGUGAAGAGUCAUCUGGAAGAUUGCUUGAAGCUUUAUUUAAUCAUGUUAGGGUACGAGAGAUGAAGGUUUCCAAAUAUGCUAUUGCGCCUUUGUCACAGUAUUUGUUAGACCCACUAACUAGAUCAGAAACUUGCCGGCUACUUGUAGCACUGGCUAUUGGAGAUCUCUCUCAGCAGGAAGGACUUGCUAGGGCCAGUGAUUCUGUUUCAGCAUGCCGUGCCCUGAUAAGCUUGCUUGAAGAUCAGCCAUCUGAAGAGAUGACAAUGGUAGCAGUUUGUGCAUUGCAGAAUUUUGUCAUGCACAGUCGGACUAAUAGGAGAGCUGUUGCAGAAUCAGGUGGCAUUUUAAUAGUUCAGGAACUAUUGUUGUCUCAGAGUGCCGACGUUGCUUGCCAAGCAGCCAUGCUGAUCAGAUUUCUAUUUUCUAACCACACACUCCAAAAAUAUGUGUCAGAUGAGCUUAUCAGAUCUUUGACAGCUGCACUUGAGAGAGAGUUGUGGUGUUUAGCAACCAUCAAUGUACAAGUUCUGAGAACCUUGAAUGUCAUAUUUACCAACUUCCCUAAGCUCCAUGCAUCGGAAGCAGCUACCUUAUGUAUUCCCUACUUAAUAAAUGUACUCAAGUCCGGUGGAGAGGUUGCUCAGGAGUCUGUAUUGGACACCCUAUGCUUGUUAAAGCAGUCGUGGUCUGCCAUGGCAAUAGAGAUUGCAAAAUCUCAAGCAAUGGUUGCAGCUGAAGCUAUUCCUAUUCUGCAAGAACUGAUGAAGACCUGUCCGCCGAGUUUCCAUGAAAGAGCAGGCCUCUUGUUGCAUUGCUUACCCGGAUGUUUAACUGUUACAAUUAAGCGUGGGAACAACCUUAAACAGGCAAUGGGAAAAACAAACGCCUUCUGUAGAUUGACAAUUGGCAAUGGUCCUCCUCGGCAAACCAAGGUGGUGAGCCACAGUAUAUCUCCAGAAUGGAAAGAAGGGUUCACAUGGGCUUUUGAUGUAGCACCUAAGGGACAAAAGCUUCACAUAAUUUGCAAAAGUAAAAAUACAUUCGGCAAAUCAACUUUGGGCAGAUUGAUCAUCCAAAUUGAUAAAGUCGUGACUGAAGGAGUAUACAGCGGGUUAUUCAGCCUCAAUCAUGACAGUAACAGAGAUGGCACGUCCAGAACCCUUGAAAUUGAAAUUACUUGGACUAACAGGACGCCAGAAUGAUACCUGAAUCAGGAAAUAGGUAAAGCAGUCCUUGAUAUUUAUUUCAUCAGUAUGGGAAGCAGUAAGCUUGUCAUGCUUAAGAAUAUACAUGUUUCAAACAUGCUGCUGUCCCUGGUAUGUAAAGUAUAGAAUGUUCAUGAAUUUACAGUCGAGGGUAAUUCCCACGGCAUAGGAAAAAAGUAAAAAAGUGUUUAGUUGAUGUACAGGUCAGUUUGUUGACAUUUGCAAUUUAAAAAAUAUCAUAGAGUAAUAGCAUUGAGAAAAAUAUUGAAAUGCUGUAA